CCAACUUCAGUUGACAUUUGAGGGGCGUUUCGGACAAGUGUAUUGUGUUUUUUGUGCUGUCAAAUUGACAGUAACAUUUGUCAUUUUAUAAUUAUUUAACAAUACAUCAAUUUAAAAUGUCAGACUCAAAGUAUUUUACAACCACCAAAAAGGGUGAGAUAUUUGAGCUUAAAUCUGAAUUAAAUAAUGACAAAAAAGAGAAAAAAAAAGAAGCUGUAAAAAAGGUGAUUGCAUCAAUGACAGUUGGCAAGGAUGUAUCAGCAUUAUUUCCAGAUGUUGUUAAUUGCAUGCAAACAGAUAAUUUGGAGUUAAAAAAAUUAGUUUAUCUUUAUUUGAUGAAUUAUGCAAAAAGUCAACCAGACAUGGCUAUUAUGGCUGUCAAUACAUUUGUCAAGGAUUGCGAGGAUCCAAAUCCACUGAUACGUGCUUUGGCAGUACGUACAAUGGGUUGCAUACGUGUUGAUAAAAUAACAGAAUAUCUCUGUGAACCAUUACGUAAAUGUCUGAAGGAUGAGGAUCCAUAUGUUAGAAAAACAGCAGCUGUUUGUGUUGCUAAAUUAUAUGAUAUUAAUGCUGGACUUGUUGAAGAUCAAGGCUUUUUGGAUCAACUCAAAGAUUUAUUAUCUGAUAGUAAUCCAAUGGUUGUUGCAAAUGCAGUUGCUGCAUUGUCAGAAAUAAAUGAAUCAAGUCCAAGUGGUCAACCAUUAGUUGAAAUGAAUGCUCAAACAAUAAAUAAAUUAUUAACUGCAUUAAAUGAAUGUACUGAAUGGGGACAAGUAUUUAUUCUUGAUUCACUUGCAAAUUAUUCACCAAAAGAUGAUCGUGAAGCACAAAGUAUUUGUGAAAGAAUAACACCACGUCUUGCACAUGCAAAUGCUGCUGUUGUAUUAUCAGCUGUUAAAGUAUUAAUGAAAUUAAUGGAAAUGUUACAAUCAGAAUCUGAUUUUGUUGGUACAUUAACAAAAAAAUUAGCUCCACCAUUGGUAACACUAUUAAGUUCUGAGCCAGAAGUACAAUAUGUUGCAUUAAGAAAUAUAAAUUUAAUUGUACAAAAACGUCCUGAUAUACUUAAACAUGAAAUGAAAGUAUUUUUUGUUAAAUACAAUGAUCCAAUAUAUGUUAAAUUGGAAAAACUUGAUAUUAUGAUUAGACUUGCAUCACAAGCAAAUAUUGCACAAGUAUUAUCUGAAUUAAAAGAAUAUGCAACUGAAGUUGAUGUUGAUUUUGUACGUAAAGCUGUUAGAGCUAUUGGACGUUGUGCAAUUAAAGUUGAACCAUCAGCUGAACGUUGUGUAUCAACAUUAUUAGAUUUAAUACAAACAAAAGUUAAUUAUGUUGUACAAGAAGCAAUUGUUGUUAUUAAAGAUAUAUUUCGUAAAUAUCCAAAUAAAUAUGAAAGUAUAAUAUCAACAUUAUGUGAAAAUUUAGAUACACUUGAUGAGCCAGAAGCACGUGCAUCAAUGAUAUGGAUUAUUGGUGAAUAUGCUGAACGUAUUGAUAAUGCUGAUGAAUUACUUGAAAGUUUUUUGGAAGGUUUUCAUGAUGAAAAUACGCAAGUACAAUUACAAUUAUUAACAGCAAUUGUUAAAUUAUUUUUAAAACGUCCAACAGAUACACAAGAAUUAGUACAACAAGUAUUAAGUCUUGCAACUCAAGAUUCAGAUAAUCCAGAUUUACGUGAUCGUGGUUUUAUUUAUUGGAGAUUAUUAAGUACAGAUCCAGCAGCAGCAAAAGAAGUUGUACUUGCUGAAAAACCAUUAAUAUCAGAAGAAACAGAUUUACUUGAACCAACAUUAUUAGAUGAAUUAAUAUGUCAUAUAUCAAGUCUUGCAUCUGUUUAUCAUAAACCACCAUCAGCAUUUGUUGAAGGUAGAUCAGCCGGUGCACGUAAAUCAUUACCAGCAAGAAAUUAUACAAAUGAUGAUUCACAUAAAACAAAUAAUAGUUCAACAUCAGCUGUUAUACCAGCACAAGAUUCACUUAUUGGUGAUUUAUUGAGUAUGGAUAUUAGUGGGCCAUCACCACCAACAGCAGCAUCAUCAUCAACAACAGCAACCGCACUACCAACAACAUCAGUGGGUCUUGAUUUACUUGGUGGUGGUCUUGAUAGUAUUCUUGGUGGUACAGAAUCAACAAGUCUAGCCACAGGAACAUCAGCCCCCACAGUAUCAGCUACAACAACAGCACAAUCAACAACUGGAUUACUUGGUGAUAUAUUUGGUUUUACACAAGGACCAAUAUCAUAUGUUGCACCUAAAAUUAAUUGGUUACCAGCUGAAAAAGGUAAAGGUUUUGAUGUAUGGGGUACAUUUUCACGUAAAAAUGGACAAAUAAGUAUGGAUAUGACAUUUACAAAUAAAGCAAUGCAACCAAUGGGACAAUUUGCUAUACAAUUAAAUAAAAAUAGUUUUGGUUUAACACCAGCUACACCAUUACAAGUACCUGGACCACUUGGUCCUGGUGCAAGUAUUGACGUUAGUGUAACAUUAUCAACAACUGGUGCUGUUCAACGUAUGGAUCCAUUAAAUAAUCUUCAAGUUGCUAUUAAAAAUAAUAUUGAUAUAUUUUAUUUUGCUUGUUUGGUACCAAUGAAUGUCUAUUUUACUGAAGAUGGACAACUUGAAAAAAAAAUUUUCUUAACAACAUGGAAAGAUAUACCAGCACAAAAUGAAUCACAAUAUACUCUUAAUGGUAUUAUUAUGACUGCUGAUCAAGUUGUGCAAAAAAUGCAUCAAAAUAAUGUUUUUACAAUUGCCAAGAGAAAUGUUGAAGGACAAGAUAUGCUUUAUCAAUCAUUAAAAUUAACAAAUAAUGUUUGGGUUCUUAAUGAGCUUAAAAUACAACCAGGAAAUCCUGAUCUCACUCUAUCACUGAAGUCUCGGUCAGUGGAAGUUGUAGCUGGUGUUUUCCAGGCUUACAAUGCAAUUCUUCACUCUUAGAUGAUCUGUCCUCGCUCACCAUUAAACCCAAAAAAAAAAACAAAAUAUAAACAAAUAAUCAUAUGAAAUCAUUGAAGAAAAAAGAAAUUUUUUUUUUUUAAUUAUUAAUUUUAUUUUUGGCGUUUAAAAUCUUUGAAUUAUAAAUUAUUAAGAGAUAAAAAAAAAAUUAUAAUGAAAGUUUUGAGACUUGUUGUUAAGGUCCAAUCCGACCUAAGGAUAUUCCAGUAGGUUUAAUGAAAUAUGUACCAUAAUAUAACUUACUAAAAAAAAAAAAACAAAUCGAAUUAGAAUAAA